AUGGCGGGUGCGACAAAUGAACGAAAUAAAGGUUCAAAACGAUUGAAAUGGACAGAGCAAAUGAAUUUAGAUUGCUUAGAUUGUAAAAGGAAAGCUCAAGACAUGGUUGCUUCGGAAAAUCCCCCUGUAAACGAAAAUGGGAGACGAAAAGGCUAUAUCAAAGUUAUGCAUGACCUAUGGCAGACACGAGGAUAUAAACAGCUGGGGUUAACAAGCCAGAAUUUGAGAGAUCGAGCAGCUAGACUAGAGAAAGUAAUGGAAGAUACGUCAAGGCAAAGUAACGGCAACGGCGUAGAUGUUAUAGAUAUGGUGGAAAGCGGCGAGCAAGAUGAAACGGGAGUGAAAACUCAAAACAACGAAAUUUCAAAAAGUACAGUAGCUAUAGACACGUCAGCCGAGAAUGCAAAUUUGUCAACUUUCACAAAUUUGCAUGAAACG